CUGCGCCCUCCCCGGGGCGGGGCUGGGAGCGGUCGUUGCCCGCCCGCAGCAUCCCGUCUCCGGGCAACGCUUGGUGCCUCGGCCCGCCCGCAGCGCCAUGGCCCGCCCGGCGGUCGAGGGCAGCCCCGCUCCCCGCACCAGCGACUGGUACCGCACCAGCCCCGGCCUGCCCGGCCGCUUCCAGCAGCCCGCAUGCUUCCGCGGAUACGGGCAGCCCGAGCGUCACCCACUGUACCGGACCUCCAACGGCGAGUACGGCAGCAGAGCCCCCACGGUGCACGACGUGCCGACCUCCUUCCACGUCACCUCCCAUGCCUUCACAGACGCCCUGGGGCAGUGUGGCAUGUACCGGGACAAUGGGCUCAACACUGGCCUGGAGAAGAGCCGCGUCACCGGCACAGCCAACUUCAUCACUGCCUGUGACCACCUCAACUUCCACCCCAGCUACAACCCCAGUGGCCCAUCCUUCUGUUAGACCUGCAGCAGCACAAUGUGCAGCUUGCUGCUGGCUGCCUAGAUCAAACCCAGAACCUCGCCCCCAAAACAUGACCAAGCAGGUAACAGCACUGACCUUAUCCUAAACUGCUGCUGAGCCUCACCUGAGAGUGUGACAGGAGGUGCCACACUACAUGAGUGUAUGUGCUACACGAGGUCACAGGCUGCUUCAUCACACACAAAGCAAGUUUGUGUUAUGGCUGUGCCCUUUGCUAGGGACCAGGGACUCCAUUAGAGCCCCAAGCCACCUCUCCUGAUUGCAGACAUUGAGUGUCACAGCUGUUAUCACCGAGGAGAACUAAACCAUUAUAGACCAUCAAGAAACAACUGCUGUGGCACAACAGUCAGCAGCAGGUAACACACUUAACCACCCCGAGCAGGAUUUAAGGACCAUUUUUCUCCUAACCAUAGGAGAAACCCCAACACUUCAGCUUGGUCAUGUGAGCCUUGCUAUUGCAGUGUGACGAUCAGCCACAAACCCAGCAGGUUAAAGGUAACAGCAAUCCCCCCCAACCCAAACUGCUCUAUGUAUGGUUUUCUCUCAGCAAGGUGACAAAUUCAGUUCUGGAGGGGCAAGCAGCUUACAUCUGUGUUUAUCCAAACUGAGUUCAGUCAUUUAUUGGGAAAAAAAAAUCCCCCAAACACCUAGAGCCACUUUAGUUCUAGAUGAGAAUAAUAAUUGAUAUCCAGAAUGAUUAGGAGUAAUGACUGAUAAAUGCCACUUCAACAGCUCCUAUGAACCAUUUUACUUCCUGGGCAGCAUGCAGUCAUCAAUACCAGAGCUAUAUCCACUGCAUCUCUGUCACACCUGAUCCUUUAAAUUCUUGGCUCAUGCACCACAGCCCAUUAAAAUUCCAGAUUCUUAA